AUGGUUAGUUAGUUAGAUAGAUAGAUAGAAAGAUAGGUGUCAAUAAUUGGUUAGCAAUUAAAUUUCAUCUUUUUAGCUCUUAUUUCAUUUAAAUAUUUUUUUGUUAGAUUAUAUCAAUUAGUUAUAUAUGUAGAAUAAACACCUUUCUCUAAUUAUUUCUAAAUAUCUUUCUCAUUCUUUCACAUUUUUUCUUUUUUAAAUUUCUCAUUGAAAUUUAAAUAUCACAUAAAUCAACAUUUUACUAUCUAUAUUCAUAUAUUUACAAAUAAAAGGGAUUUAUUUUUCAUUUAUCUAUUAUUACUGCAUUUAUUCUUUGAUUUUUCUUAUUUUUUUCUGCUCAAUAUUUAAAAAAUUAUUUAAAAAUAAACAAAAGAGAAGCGGAAUACAAUAUAAAAAACAUAAUUAUAAUUUAUAUAUCUGCAUUUACUCAUACAUAUUAACAGUUUCUGUGCAAUAAAAUCUGAAGAAUCUGUUCUGAAUUUUUAUAUAUUAGCCGCUAAUAGCAAGUGUUUUAUAGGUGACACUAAAAAAGUGACAAAUUAAAAGAAGAGAUUCUUAGGAAAUAAAAUAAUUGAGAUAAUAACCUUUUUUAACAAAUAUUUCUCUGCAAUACUUUUUUUAAAAAGAAUAUGCAAUAUUUCUCCCUAACAUUAAAAAAAACCAUCUUCAAAGAAUUUUAUCAUUCAAAUUUACUAAGCUUAAUUGUUUCUAAAGCGAUUAAACUGA